GGAUACCUGUGUGCACGGGAUCCCUGUGGUAUUAAAGCAGGACAGAGCUCGCCAUCUUAAAUCGUUCUGACUUAUUACAUGGUGGCAGCCAAAUCUCAAAAUAUCUUAGCCAUCCUGACGAAUGGAGACAGAUAUUGCUGAAAACUAGGUACCUCAUAUCUAGAAGAAUCUUUUUGGACGUGUGUUUCGAAAAGAUGUCACAGAUAAAACCGCCAAAAUCACUCGAUUUUAUGAAAGCAGAAUUACAAUGGCCAGACUGGAAAAAACGCUUCGAAAGGUACCGAAUCGCCUCGAAACUAUUCAAAGAGUCAGGUGAAAUACAAGUAAACACGCUAGUCUACUCCCUUGGUCCUGAAAGUGAGCACAUUAUUUCUCAACUUGGCUUGUCCGAAGACGAAGAAAAGGAUUACAAACUGGUCAUCGAAAAGUUGGACGAGCACUUUGCCCCUAGAAGAAAUGUCAUUCACGAGAGAGCCAUGUUUCAUCAGAGAUCACAACAAAGUGGUGAGUCAGCCGAAUCGUUUAUUCGUAGUCUGUACGAGAUGGCCGAAACAUGUGAUUUUGGAGUUACAAAAGWUGAUUGCAUCCGAGAUAGAUUAGUGGUCGGAAUAAUGGAUAAAGAGUUAUCCAAACGUUUGCAACUGAAAGAAAAACUAUAUUGAGUGAAGCUGUUAAGAUGAUUCGUCAAGCAGAAAGUGUGAAGUCCCAGGUUUCUACACAAAAGGAGGCGCCAAAGUCACUGGAGGAAAUCCGAGUUAAGCAAAAACCUAAGUUUGCAAGAAGGCCUUCGAGCCAGAGUCGCAACGAGAGUAGCGAGACCGACAAAACCCAAAAGUGUCACCGGUGUGGGCUGCAACAUUUAACACAAUGCCCAGCGAAGAAUGCUGAAUGCAA